AUGGAGAAAGCUGAGGCGACGAGGCGCUCCUCUUCCGAGGACGCGCAUUCCCCAUUGAGUGCCGAGAAACAGGUCGACGAAGCUCCAGUCGCAGUCCUUGACAUUCGCGACCCAGACGAAGGGUUGUCGGAUGAAGAAAGAAAAGCCAUUGACCGCAAGCUGCUGUGGAAACUUGACUUCAAAUUGAUUCCCUGGCUCACCCUGCUCUAUCUCAUUUCAUUCCUGGAUCGUACGAACAUUGGCAAUGCCAAAAUUGACGGUCUCCAGGAAGAUCUUCACAUGACCAGCAACCAAUAUAAUGAUACAUUGACUAUCUUUUUCAUUUCGUACUCCCUCUUCGAGCCACUCACGCAGAUCCUCUUGAAGCGCUACAGACCAUCGAUUUUCUUGCCUACCAUUAUGGUUCUGUGGGGAAUCUGUAUGACGUGCAUGGGAUUGGUACAUAACUUCGGUGGCCUGAUGACUGCGCGAUGGUUCUUAGGAAUCACCGAAGCAGGAUUGUUUCCUGGUGUCAAUUACUACCUAAGCUGCUGGUAUCGGCGAUCAGAGUUUGGUAUUCGAGCCGCCAUCUUCUUCAGCGCUGCAGCACUCGCGGGCUCGUUCGGUGGAUUGCUGGCCGCGGCGAUUGUCAACAUGAAAGGCGUUGGGGGAAAACCAGGUUGGGCAUGGAUUUUCAUCCUCGAAGGGCUUGUGACUAUUGUCAUUGCAAUAAUCUCGUUCUGGAUGAUCCAUGAUUUCCCCGACGAGGCCAAGUUCCUCUCCGACGAUGAUCGGUGUCGAGUCCUCCGCAGAUUGAAAGCAGAUCAGCAGUCUAGCGCCGAGCACGAAGAAUUCAAGCUUGAUUACCUCUGGGCUAGUUUGAAGGACUGGAAGACUUACACUGGAAUGAUGAUCUACAUGGGUUGCGAUGGUGCUUUAUAUGCGUUCUCAUUGUUCCUUCCCACAAUUGUGCAACAAAUGGGAUACAAAAACGUCCACGCACAGCUCCUCAGCGUACCGCCAUACGCAGUUGCGGCAGUCGUGACGAUUUUCAUUGGGUUUGUGGCCGAUAGAACGAGCAUGAGAGGGUACUGCAACAUGGUGAUGUCCCUGUUCGGUAUAAUAGGGUUUGGCAUGCUCCUCGGAUCAGGAGAGCCACACGUACAAUACGGAGGCGUGUUCCUCGGUGCCAUGGGUAUAUACCCAUGUAUUUCCAACACCAUAUCCUGGACGGCGAACAAUGUCGAAGGCGUAUAUAAACGAGGUAUCACCUUGGGAUUUGUGAUCGGAUGGGGCAAUCUCAACGGAAUCGUAUCCUCGAAUAUCUACCGCACCAAAGACAAACCACGAUUCAAACCCGGUCACGCCGUGGUCUUGGCGUACGAGACCGUCUUCUUGCUUGGAGGCAGCGUUCUCCAACACGUCCUGCUUCGCCGGGAAAAUGCCAAACGGCGUGCGGGUGAGAGAGACGUUUGGAUUGAGGGUAAGACUGAGGCCGAGAUCGAGAAGCUGGGUGACAAGAGACCCGAUUUCUUGUACACGUUGUAA